UUCGGCUCAGAGCGAAGUCGGCUCCGUCCCGGGAAGGCGAGAAGGGCCGGGAUUUUGGGGGUCCAGCGCGGGGUCGCAGCCGCCCUCUUCAGCCUCUUCUCCGCUGAGCCCCAGGGCCAACGAGUGACGGACGAUGGGGUCAAACUGUAUCAAGGUCACCAAGUAUUUCCUCUUCCUCUUUAAUCUGCUUUUCUUCAUCUUGGGAGGCAUCAUCCUCGGGUGUGGAGUAUGGAUCCUCGCCGACAAGACCAGUUUCAUUGCCGUGCUGCAAGACUCCUCAGCCAACCUAAAGAUUGGAGCGUACAUCUUCAUUGGAGUUGGGGCAGUGACCAUGAUCAUGGGUUUCCUGGGCUGCAUCGGAGCAGUCAACGAAGUCCGAUGCCUCUUAGGGCUGUAUUUUACGGUCCUCCUGCUCAUCUUUUUUGGCCAAGUGGCAGCCGGUACCCUCACCUACCUGUACAGAAACUCGUUGAAGGAAGAAGUUGCUGACAUCAUUGGGAAUUUCAUUCACAAGUACAACCCGAAUGAUAACAAGACAAGCAGCAUUGAGGAAGCAUGGGACUAUGUGCAAGUCCAGGCACAAUGCUGCGGUUGGAACAGCUACCUGAAUUGGACUGAAAACACUUACCUCAAGGCUUACAAUAAGACUGCUUUUCCUUGCUCCUGCAUGAAAGACAACAGGAAGAACAUGGAGAGGGGUAUCUGUUUUAUAAACAGCACCAAGCCAACUGAUCAGGACCUAUGGAACUACAUCCACGAAGAGAGCUGCGAAAGCAAAGUGCAGGAGUGGUUAGAGAAGAAUUUGGGCAUCAUCCUCGGAGUCUGUGCAGUCAUCGCUUUCAUCGAGCUUCUGGGAAUGGUUCUCUCCAUCUGCCUCUGCAGACACGUCCACACAGAAGACUACACCAAGGUCCCCAAGUACUGAGAUCGCUGCCUCUGCCCAGCUACCUGCUGUGCAGGGAGUUGGUCAUUCUGGCUUCUUAGGAGCCUUCUUCCAUCAGUUGUCAUUGUUGUGUCCCACACCUGUCCCCCCAUUUCAUUUCUCCCACUCCCUACUGCCAAUAUUUCCAAGCCCAGGAAUCUUUGGAACUGAGCUCCUUCCAGUUUGGAUGGGCAGGUCUUCCCUGUUCGAAUCCUUUCUGUCUCCAUUUCUCUUCAAUUUACUGGGAUAUUUGUGUGGAAAUUUGUUUUCCUGUCUUGUUGGGGGAACUGAAUGCUCUCACCCUAGUUUUCCCCUUCUCCUUUCUCCUCCCAGAUGCCACUUUGUCUUUUUCCCCUUCCCCCUGAUCCAGCUAAGAUUUCUGAUCAAGUUGAGAAGGAGUUCCACUUAUGAUAGAGGACACCAGUUGAUCCAGCCAGGAUGGAGGAGACUUAGUGAUUCAGGUGGAUUGGGCCUCUCUGCACCUCUUCUUGUUGGAUAGGGCUGAGGUCUUUCUUCCUGGGCUGAAGGAUCUGUGGGUUGCCCUUUGGUGGGGGGAGGGAGGUGAGAGAGAGAGAGAGAAGUUGGGGAAUGGGGAGGGGAAAGGAAACAUUGCAUCAGAACCUCCAACAGGAUUUGACCACAGACUGCCACUUUAUAUAGAGAAUCAACAUUGUUUUCCAAUAUGUCUUUGUCUUGCAUUUUUAAUUUAAGCUAAGGGAGAAGAGGGUGCAAGCUGCAGCAUCACUAGCAGAGGGGAUGGCAUGGUUGCCAAGGUAGGGGGUGUUACCUUAACUACCCAUUGCAACAGAGCCAGGGAGCUUUUCUUUGUGGGACAGAGACCCACCAGGGAAGCCAUCUAUUGGCAGCAGAACCUUGGGAUGAGUUAUUAGCAUUGUUCUUCGAAGGGCCGGGUGGAAAGAGUUGAAGGCCUUGGGGCAUUGGUGGGGCCCAAUCGACCUCCCCAAGGUCACAGAGCCACCUCAGCUUUCCUGAUAGUUGGUGCUAAGGUUGGAGGGAGGGGUCCGAGGAGAAAGCCCACUUCAGAGCAAGUGGGAGGAACUAGAAAGGAAAAAGUUGAUGUGGAGGAGGAGGGGAAGGCAUUAGACCCCGAUGAAUCCUGCUCCCUCAAAGGAGACUUUGCUGCCCACCCAACCCACCUGUCCACCUGUCUACCCUGAUUGUCUGUCUGGAGGGGCAGCUUGUUGUGCUGGGCCCUAUCUGAGGAGUGCCUGCCCUCUCCUAUCCCAUCACCGCAGCCCCUGGGAGAGGAACACUGCCUUCGAGGGAGAGGGAAUGGGGCUUUGCACAUACAGUCUUGGAAACUAAAAUGCUAGAAGAUGCAGAGAUUACAAUAAUAAAGAUUUUUAACAAG